CGGCCCGCUCCAUGCCUCUCCGUUGCGGAAGUGUAGCGGGGGGAGGCGGCAGCACCCAGCGCGGGAGGCCCGGGCUCGGCCCCCUGCAGCUCUAGGCUCUGGGAGCCGCGCGGCGCGUCCCAGCGGCCCGGCUGCUCGUGCGCCCGCCGCCCGCCGCCCGCCGCAGCCUGCAUGCCCCGCGCCGCGCCUCGCCGGGCCCCGGUCUCCGCCUCCUCCACGCACCGUCGCUGCCGGGCGCCAGAGUAAUAUGCUCACUCGAGUGAAAUCUGCCGUGGCCAAUUUCAUGGGCGGCAUCAUGGCUGGCAGCUCAGGCUCCGAGCACGGCGGCGGCGGCGGCAGCGGCUCGGACCUGCCCCUGCGUUUCCCCUACGGGCGACCGGAGUUCCUGGGGCUGUCUCAGGACGAGGUGGAAUGCAGCGCCGACCACAUCGCCCGCCCCAUCCUCAUCCUCAAGGAGACCCGGCGGCUGCCCUGGGCCACUGGCUACGCAGAGGUUAUCAAUGCUGGGAAGAGCACACACAAUGAAGACCAAGCUAGCUGUGAAGUGCUCACUGUGAAGAAAAAAGCUGGGGCAUUUUCCUCAACCCCCAACAGGAACUCAACCAAGAGACGGUCCUCUCUUCCCAAUGGGGAGGGGCUACAGCUGAAGGAGAACUCGGAAUCAGAAGGUGUUUCCUGCCACUACUGGUCGCUGUUUGACGGUCACGCGGGGUCCGGCGCCGCGGUGGUGGCGUCUCGCCUGUUGCAGCACCACGUCACGGGUCAGCUUCAGGACAUCGUGGACAUCCUGAAGAACUCGGCCGUCCUCCCACCCACCUGCCUGGGCGAGGAGCCCGAGAACAUGCCCGCCAACAGCCGGACUCUGACCCGGGCCGCCUCGCUCCGCGGAGGGGUGGGGGCGCCGGGCUCCCCCAGCACCCCACCCACGCGCUUCUUCACAGAGAAGAAGAUCCCACACGAGUGUCUGGUCAUCGGGGCUCUUGAGAGUGCCUUCAAGGACAUGGACCUACAAAUAGAACAAGAGCGGAGUUCAUAUAAUAUAUCUGGUGGCUGCACAGCCCUCAUUGUGAUUUGCCUUUUGGGGAAGCUGUAUGUGGCAAAUGCUGGGGAUAGCAGGGCAAUAAUCAUCAGAAAUGGAGAAAUCAUCCCCAUGUCUUCAGAAUUCACCCCUGAGACGGAACGCCAGCGACUUCAGUACCUGGCAUUCAUGCAGCCUCACUUGCUGGGAAAUGAGUUCACACAUUUGGAGUUUCCAAGGAGAGUGCAGAGGAAGGAACUUGGAAAGAAGAUGCUCUACAGGGACUUUAACAUGACAGGCUGGGCUUACAAAACCAUUGAGGAUGAUGACUUGAAGUUUCCCCUUAUAUACGGAGAAGGCAAGAAGGCGCGAGUAAUGGCAACUAUUGGAGUGACCAGGGGACUAGGGGACCAUGACCUGAAGGUGCAUGACUCCAACAUCUACAUAAAACCAUUCCUGUCUUCAGCUCCAGAGGUCAGAGUCUACGAUCUCUCCAAAUACGAGCAUGGAGCAGAUGAUGUGCUGAUCCUGGCCACUGAUGGACUCUGGGAUGUUUUACCAAAUGAGGAAGUAGCAGAAGCAAUCACUCAGUUUCUUCCUAACUGUGAUCCCGAUGACCCUCACAGGUACACACUGGCAGCUCAGGACCUGGUGAUGCGUGCCCGUGGUGUCCUGAAGGACAGAGGAUGGCGGAUAUCUAAUGACCGACUGGGCUCAGGAGAUGACAUAUCUGUAUAUGUCAUUCCUUUAAUACAUGGAAACAAACAGUCAUGAAAAUGGCCCAAGGGAUUGGAAGAACAGAAGGAAUAGAGCUGGGAUGCCUCUUGGCAGGGCAGCCUGGAAGUGACCCAGCAGCGUUCCAGGUGAUGCCACCUCUUCCCAGCCCAGGUGGGGAGCUUGCUGCUGAAAUGCCUCUCUGGCUGUGCUUCAAGAGGAUCCUUAGGUUUCAGUUUCCUCUUUAGUAAAAGGUCUGGAUACUCAACAAAAGCUAAACAUAAAGGCUGCUACUGAGUGUUGUGUUUCUUUUGGUUCCUUUAGUAGGCCUCUUAGGUGGCCACUGGCUAUGUUGGGUACACACAUCAUAUUUAUUUUAUCUUGAGUAGCUGGGGCAGCUGUUUUCAGGUUCAACUGGCAGAAUAAUCUUCAGCCUGUCCAGCUGCAAAUUUCUCUACAGGUUAAAAGUGCUGCAUUGGAAAGUUGGGGAUCAUGCCUCAGAAAGUGAGUGCCCACCUUCUAGUACGCCUGAGAUUUAUUUCAGGGAAUGCUAUCUGUGCAUAUGUCUAUCUCUAUGUUUCCAUGAUGAUGAUGGGGUGAGGCAGGGAUUUGGGGGUGGGGGAUAUUCCUUAAAUCAUAAUUGUUUCCCUUCUGUAGAACAGGCCUGGUUGGGACUUUCCAACUCCUUGCUGAGGAAUUUGUGUGUCAGAGCCCAGCCCUGGCUGUCCCCAUAUCCUGCAGCCCACACCACCCACACAGCCAGCCGGAACAGUGCCCUGGCUAACAGAGACCUGUCUUUGUUGUGUAAUCACUUGUUACCAAGUUGAAUUUUCUCACUAAAUCAAUGUGUUCUCAUGAAAUUUUGGGUGUUUCUUUGGACCAACAGUUCCUCCACUGUCUUCUAGGAUCCCCCUUGUGUGGCUUGAGGUUUCUCUGUUUGUUUCUGAGUCUGGGUUUUCAUUUCUGGAAUGGUCCUCCCACCCCGUGCUGUGCCAUGGGGACACACGUAAAGCAGUGUUUAAUAGAGCAGUAUAGGAUGCUCCUUGUAUCAGUCAGUUCUCCAUACCUCAUUUCAGGGCUGCCCCUCCAUUUUGGAUCCAGGGUCCCUGGGCUGUGACUGUCCUCAAGCCCACUCCAAACAACAUGUAAGUAUCAAAAGUCUCUCAAGAAGCAGUAGGCCUACUCUCCCCAUCAUCUUUGGGCCAGGCCCACUCAGAAUGGCCUUUUAAUAAAACUGAAUUUGAAUUAGGUUGACGGGUCAUUCUCAUGCUGUAUGCCUGCUCCUUCUCCACUAAAUUAUGUCCCACUACCCAACCACUCAGACCCCCAUUCUCUCUGUCGCUCCACCUCAGGAUGUUCCUCACAAGAGCAGCAGAAGCAGUAGACAGACCAGACCUACCUGUAGCUUCACGGCCAGGAGGAAUCGCAAAACAGAUAUUUGGAAAUCACUUCUAACUCUCAGAUUGGUUCUCUGCAUUGAAGGACCUUGUACAGCAAUGUCCAAUUACCGAGUCUUCUUCCUGCAGAGUUCCUGUGGUAUCACCGCCAUCCUGACAACUUUUUGUAAUUAAAACAUUCUUCCCACCCAAUGAAGAAAAAGGUCAUUGGUGUGAUCCCCAAAAUGCUGGAGAGCCAAUUCCAGUUCUCAUGUUUGUCUGAGUCCCUGCCCUAGAAGAGAGGACAGGAACCUUUCCUUUGGGAUAAUCAGCUGCAUUCUUAGAGUUAUAGAUAUUGUCUUAGGAAUGGUCAGGAGCCUUCCUGCUGAGGAGUGUGUUCAUCACACAGUGUGGAAACAAGAACUUGGCAAUUCACCCACCAGGUGGUUGCCAGAAUGUUGCCUGGGAAGAAUUGGACUACAACCUUCUCAGGAGUCCUCUUCAUCUGACAGUUUCCCUCCUUUCAUAAAUCUUAAGUACCCCAAACAUCUGUGUGGAGAGAAGUUUGUGGUAAACUAUUUGUUUUUCUGGCAGAAUAUGCGCCACGGGAAAACCUAACGACAUCCUACAGCCACGUGGUCCAUUUUCUGUUCCUGCCCUGACUCUCAAAGCCACAUAAUACAAACUGGAAACUUAAGCAAGUUUUCCUUGGAAGACUCUGAGCCACUAGCUUUAGGAAGCUGUUCUCAUAAGCAGUCACCUCUCUCUUGUGUUCCCAUGACCUUUCAUUUAUUUCCUGUCCUGGACUUCUCUCUGGGCUCUACCUUGAGCUUCUUGUUUUAUUUGAGCCACCAGAGUCUGAGUUUGGGUGUAGACAUCAUGUAGAUGUUACCACAGCCUUCUAAUCAAUUCGUCAAUUCAUUUACUACCAAGGCAUGUCUCAGGAAAAACUCUGGAACCUCCUUAUUCAAUUUAUCCUAAAGUCUUGAGCAUUUAGUCCUACUGAUUUUAGUUAGAAAGGUACCUCAGAAUGCUUUUCAUAAGUCCCCUGGGGUGGAAAGAUCUCAGUAGCAAGCUGAAGCCAUGAUUCUCUGUUUGGGGGAAUGGGAGGAAAACUACAAAUGAGGUGAAUAAAUCAAAUGUGGAAAAAAUGAUUUGUUAAUGCCCAUAGCAGAUCUAUUACAUUGAUAUUGCUCUGUGAAUUGAGCUUACUUGGUUUUGGCUUUAUUUUUCACCCAGGCCCCAUGUCAUCCCAUCCCAGAGCAGUAAAUGUGUCCACAUAACAGGUCGGCCCUUAGAGCAUUCCUGGAAAGGUCAAAAAGCAACACACUCAAAAUUCUGCAGAACAUAUUUAUACGUGGUUCUGAAAUCUUGUGUAUCUGAGUUAUAGCCAAAUCUGCUUGCUCUCAUAGUCUCAGAGGAAGUCUUGUUUAAUAAAAAGCUUUCGAUUUCUA